UUUACCACAAGUCCGCUCCUUCCUAGUCUGCCUAGCGCCUACCUAAAUUAAUUUCCAAGAAGAAACAAUGGCCGGAGGAGGAGGCGUCCUGUCUUCCAUGUUCACCACGAUGGUAGCCAAGCUACAUGGCUUGGCUUCACCGUCACCAUCAUCUUCUUCUUUGUCGCCACACAACAAUAUUGAACAAGAGAUGAGUAAGUUGACAGAGACGAUGAGGAGAAUUCAAGCCAAACUUGAUGACUCAGAGGAGGAGAAUCAUGUAAAAAGUCACUCGGAGAAACUUUGGCUCAGCGAGCUCAAAGAUGUUGCCUAUGACGCCGAAGACGUAGUAGAAGAGUACGAGUACGAGGUGUUGCGUUCCAAACAAUUGCAUAAUUGCAUGAGAACAGCAGUGAGACACAUGAGAUUCAUUAUCAUAAACCCAACAGGAUGAACUAGCAAAUAAAGCCGCAGAGAUAAGGAAAAGGUUUGAUGAGAUCACCAAGGAGUGGAAACUCCUAAAGUUGCCUAAGAACGCUGGAACAAGAAAGAGAAGCUCCAUGCUCUUAGAUAUGAACCGAGAAGUGUAAUAAGAAGAAUAGGAGAGAGCAAAUAAUACGAGAGCAAUAUAUAAUGUU